UCUGGAACAAAGGUGGAUGUAUUCAAGAGGCAUUUAGACAAGUUCAUGCAAGAAGUGCCUGAUCAACCAGGCUGUAGCGAAUAUGAGAGCCUGCUGGCCGCUCCAAGCAACAGCCUGUUGGACCAAGUUAUCACAAGUCAUGCCUGGACUUAGGGAUGGGCUCUGGGUGUAGAACUACUCCCGAAACCCCCUCCAGAUAUGCUUCAGUGUGUGUUAUCAGUAUCGUCUAACUUACAAUGCCUCCUGAACGACGCAAGAAAAGAGGAACUGAACAGAUUAGCAGUGGAAUUUCUAGUCAGAUUAAUUGUAAUUCUGUGAGACAGGGAACUUUGUGUUCCAAUUUAACAGUUUUGAAAAUGGCUGAUAAUAAUGUACGUGGCAGUCGGAAGUCUUUUACAGCCCAAAAUCCACAAUAUUCCGAAAGAGCUAAAAAGAUUUGUGAAAAAGGGCCCAAUUCUCAUGACCAGGUGCAUUCUUCUAGUGCUUCACCGACUUUUCGACGCAAGAUUAGAGGAAAUACGCCCAAGUCAUCGAGUACUACACUUCAAGUUACAUAUUAUAAGCAAGUCAAAAGGUGUCUUGAAUUGUCUGAUCAAAUGCUUGCUUCAUCAUCAAAACGGUUGAGAAGCUCUAGUCAACCUAGACCUUCAGAACCUAUUCCUAUAAACAACAUAAACACCGAUUUGGAAACCAAAGAUGAUGAUGAAUCUAUUUCUACAUCAAGUUCUUCAGAACUCCAAAAUCAAAAUGAAAGUAAUAUAUCUUGCUCCAAGAAUUCAGGUUCCACAGUUCAUCUAAGAGCAGCAGCUACAGAAACAAAACAUGUCAUCUCACAUAAGUCUGGACAGAGUCAGAGUUACUUGAAAUCUUGUGUAAAUACAAAAUCAGCCACAGGUUUAGUCACUAGAUUAAGAAGAACUAUUAGGGACACGCAAGAUAAAAAAAAGGCCCCUGAUCCAGAGGCGCUCUUACCACAGGAGAACCCCAAGAAUAUGUUGAACCGUACGGGCAGGAAUAAACUUGGCAUGCAACCAGUUGAUGCUUCUGAAAGCUCCGUUACAGACAGUCGAGUUGGACAACAGUUUGCUUCUAAGACAAAGAAACUGAAAGAUAUCCACAACAGUCGUCAGAGUGAAAUGUCAUCCAAGAGAAAAUUAAAUGGCACAAAAUGUUCCUUAAUAAGGCAGGAGCUUAACAAAGAUGGUAAUAGAGGCUUGAUGGCUUCUGAGCAUAAGAGUACAGUAAAAAGGUUAGUUAAGAAAUAUUCUAAACCACUUUUGGCGACAGAGAGAAAAAAAACGACGAGAAAUAUAAGAAGCAGUUCUCAAAACAUAGAUUGUACAAUAGAAAAUAGUUACAAGACUGAAACAGAUCUUCAAGAGACAGUUGCUCUUGGAAACGGGCAUGCAUCAGGUGCUAACCAAAGUAUAAAGCAGGAGGAAAUUGAAGGUAACCAUGCAGUACCGGUUAGUAUUGAAGAUUCAGAGUCUAGUGUAUUAACAACUAAGAAUGAGGCAGUUACAUUGACAGCCAUCAGUACAAGAGCCUCAGAAGUGAUAGGCAAUAGUGUGAAAAUCACAAGAUCAAAGCAUUCAUUAAGAAAUAAAUCACUAAAAGCCAUAGCAGCGGCAUUAGACGAUAGAAAAAUAGCAGGGAAAAAAAGUUGUGACCAUGUGAAGGUUAUAGUUAAACUUGACCCAGACAAUGCCGGUGCGGUCGUGAUGGAUAACAGUGCAAAACUCAGAAGAUCAAGGAGCUCGUUAUGCAGUAGUUAUGUAAAAGCCAGUGUGGAAGAAACUUUCAGAAAAAAAAUAGCUGAAAAAAUAAAUGAACAUAUUCAGAUGACAGUUAAAGAUGGUCCAGUCAGAGCUGCUUUGGCACAUUCGUAUGCAAGAUCGAUGCUCAGAAGCACAGAUGUCACAUCAUCUUCAAAACAAUUUAGCGCUACAGAAUCUCCAAGAUACGAUGACGAUUCCAUAAAAUCGUUAACAUCAGGAGUUUCUACUAGACAAGUUGCCACACAAGCUAAUACUGAUACAGAUAAUGUAAAAGUAAUGAAAGAUGAUUAUGCAAAAUUAUUUCCGGGAGCCAAUAUUGGUGGAUCACCCAAAGGAUCUUGUAUUGCUGGGCCGACCAAAAGAUCUGACAUUGUUAGCUCGGCCAAACGAUCUGAUAUUGUAGGAUCAUCCCAUAAAAUUAGUACAUCUGAGUUGGCCGGAAAAGCUGAGGCUGCCAGUUUGGCCAGAAAACUUGAGCCAACCGAUAUGGCCAGAAAAGCGGAGGCUGCAGGUUUGGCCAGAAAAGCGGAGGCUGCAGGUUUGGCCAGAAAAGCGGAGGCUGCAGGUUUGGCCAGAAAAGCAGAGGCUGCAGGUUCGGCCAGAAAAGCGGAGGCUGCAGGUUCGGCCAGAAAAGCGGAGGCUGCAGGUUCGGCCAGAAAAGCGGAGGCUGCAGGUUCGGCCAGAAAAGCGGAGGCUGCAGGUUCGGCCAGAAAAGCGGAGGCUGCAGGUUCGGCCAGAAAAGCGGAGGCUGCAGGUUCGGCCAGAAAAGCGGAGGCUGCAGGUUCGGCCAGAAAAGCGGAGGCUGCAGGUUCGGCCAGAAAAGCGGAGGCUGCAGGUUCGGCCAGAAAAGCGGAGGCUGCAGGUUCGGCCAGAAAAGCGGAGGCUGCAGGCUCGGCCAGCAAAGCGGAGGCUGCCGGCUCGGCCAGCAAAGCGGAGGCUGCCGGCUCGGCCAGAAAAGCAGAGUCUGCCGGCUCGGCCACGGAAACCGGGGCUGUCGGCUCGGCCACAAGGGCUUUUACUGCAAAGUCACCCACGAGAGCUACUAGGUCUGCUGUGAGGAGUGUUGCUGUUAGUUCAGCAAGAAGAACUGUUAUUAAUUUGGCCAUGAGAAUUGGUGCUGUUAGCGCGGACACACGAGUUGGUGCUGCUAGGCCGAGCACGAGAAUUUACGCUGGCAGGUCAGUCAAGAGAGUUAAUUCUGUCAAGUCUACCAUUAAAUCAAGCACCAGAUUAAAUAAUGUGAAAUCAAAUGUCAAAUUAAAUACUAUGAAAUCUGUUACAAGAUUGAAUGUUGCAAAAUCAAAGGCUGGAUUAAAUACUGCAAAUAUAAGUGCAAGAAUAAAUAACGAAGAAUCAAAUGCAAGGUUUAAUAUGGAAAAGUUAGAAACAAGAUCAGAUACAGCAGUGUUGUAUGAAAGAGAUGUUGGAAAAUUGCCAUUCAAAUGCAAACUAGUAAAAUCAAACACAGAAAUUGAUAAGGCAGAGCCUACUGUAUCAGAAGUUGAUUUUGUAAAAUUUGAGUCAAAACCGGACUCAUUGAAGUUCGUACAUAGAGAGACUAAUGAAAAAUCCACCUCGAAAACUAUUAGUAUUUCAGAGGACCCCAUAAUAGCUGAUAAAAGAAAGUCUCCAGAAGAUUCUGAGGAAAGGUCGUAUAGAAAAAGAUCUGAUACUGUAAAGUCUCCCCAAUCAAAGCAUUCUAUUGCAAAAUCUAUCAGAGUACCUGACCUUUCCAAAUGUCUAGUGCCAGUUGAUGAUUUAAAGUCUUGCACAAUAAGGACAAGAGCUACUUUAAAGUCCUCCUUAAUGGGAGCUGAUAAUAAAAUAUCAACAGUUUUGUCUGAUAAAACAAAAUUUUCAACAAGUGAAUUCACCACAAGUGAAGAUGAUUCUAAGGACACUUUAAAACUAAGCCUGGAUAUCGGGCAGCAUCACAAACAAGGUACUGGUUCCCUAGUAGAAAUGGAAACAAAUAAUACAAGUGUAAGCAAGUCAGAAGCAAAGUAUUUAAAUGAUAAGCUAAAUACUGCUGGCAUCAGAUUAACCAGGUCUAGAGCAAAUACUGGAGAAUCAACACUAGAAUCUGCUGCUUCAGAUUUCACCACAAAAUGUGGUACAACAGAAUGCAGUACAAGCAAAUAUGAUUCUGUAAAGGUUCAAAGAGAAACUAGUAAUACAAAUAGUUCAGAAACUGCUGGGGGGACACAUGUAAAUAAGUCAGAAAAUGUAAUAGAUGCCAAAACCAGAUUUAAUACAGCUUCCACACUAACAUCAAAUAAAUCUGAAAAAUCUAGUAAGACAAGAUAUAGUUUGGCAAAAUCACUUACAAAAAAUACAAGUAAAUUCAUAAGAAAAAUAUAUAAAAUAAGAUCUGCUACAAGUGAUAAUCGGAAUUUGAGAUCCGGAAUGAGAACUAAUACUGCAAAAUUUAAAAGCAAAAAUGCUUCCAAGGUUAGAGUAAAGGCUGAUAUUACUAACUUGGUCUUAAAAUCCGAGUCUUUUAAAGGUACCGCAACAGAUGCUGACGAUAAGAAAUUCAGUGCAGGAUCGAGUUCAGCAGAAUCAGAGACCCUGGGUGAUAUGGCAAAAAUUCCAUCAUCUGAUGCCCAUUCUUCAGAGGCCAUUAAAACAUCAAGUAAUACAAAAAUCUCUACAAAAACAGGUGCAGACUCCAUUACAACUGUUAAAAAAGAAAUCACUACAAAAUCUAACUCAAAAGUGCAAAGUGCUGUAGAAUCUGGAAAAGUAAUCACUGAGAAUGUGGGGCGUGUCACUCGAGCCAAGUCGUUUACGGCUUUGUGUGAUAUUUCAUUACCCAUUCUAGCAGGUUCUAAAACUGGAAAAUGUUCCACUAAACCUGUAACUUCCAAAUCCACCACAUUGGAAACCAAUGAGAAAAAAUUUGUCGCGUCGAUCCCAGCCACAGCCAUUAUCACCACUCAAGCCGACACUGCACUGUGUCCCGUUAUAGAUGAUGACUGUGCAGUAUUCUCUCUGACAGAAAAUGAUGCAGCAAAAUCUGUUUCUGGUAUCUGUAAUGUUACGCAAAGUAUCUCCAAACAUGAUACUGAAAAAUGUAAUAAUAAAAGUAAUCUUGAGCAAUCCGAUAUAUCGGGAGCUUGUAUCGAAAAGCCUUUUGUACUGAAAGCUAAUAGUGUAAAAUUAAAGGCUGAUGAAGCUAAUACUCCAAAAUCUACUAGAGUGGAAACUGAUAGUAAAAAUUCUGUAUCAGUUAGUCUUAAUACUCCAGAACGUAAAAAACAAGCCAGAUCUCGUAUAUCAGAAACUGAAAGUAUUGAAUUAGGUCAAACAAAAAUCUGUAGAACGACAAAUAUAUUAAAAAAACUAUCAGAAGAUGGUGAAAUUAAGAUUACAAGAUCUAAAGCAGCAGCUGUUCUUGUUACAUCUCUCAGAACAAGAACUCAGAUUUCAAAAUAUACCAGUUCAAGAGGUAACAAUGCAGGUUUUCUUACGAGUUUGGCUGAACCCACAAAGUCUCCCAGAAGAGAACAUAUUAGUGCACCAUCCCUUGGGAAGAAAAUUGGUCGUGCAAAGGGUUUCAAGAAUAGAAUUGAUCAACCCACUGCAGUUUUCAACCCAGCUAUUACUGUAAGGAUGAAAGUCGCCCCACCUGAUGCCGGAGUCGCCUCACCCGAUGCUGGAGUCAAUGACCCACCCAAUGCUGGAAAGAAUGAAACCAACUUGAUCAUAACUGGAGAGAAGGGCAUUGAUCAUGCUACAGAUGGAAUAAUGGAUGUCAAUUUGGCAAAUGCUAGUGAAAUGGACACUAAACUGGUCACUGCUGGGAAGAUGAGUAUGACUGUUGCCGGAGCCAGGGUAGCAACCCAGGCUGACACUGGAAAGUUAAAAGAUAACCAAACACUUACUGUAAAGGCAGCAGGCUUCACUAUUGCAUUUACUCAAAAAACAAGAAUAGCCACAGCGUGUAUAGAAGAAACUGCAAUUGCCACGGCUAGUACUGAAGAGGCGCCAGUUGCCAUGGCUAUUACUGAAGAGACUGCAGUUGCCACAGCUAGUGCUGAAGAGACUGCAGUUUCCACAGCCAGUGCUGAAGUGACGGCAGUUGCCACAGCCAGUGCUGAAGAGAUGGCAGUUGCCACGGCUAGUGCUGAAGUGAAGGCAGUUGCUACAGCUAGUGCUGAAGAGAUGGCAGUUGCCACAGCUAGUGCUGAAGAGAAGGCAGUUGCCAUGAUUAGUGCUGAAGAGAUGGCAGUUGCCACGGCUAGUGCUGAAGAGAUGGCAGUUGCCACGGCUAGUGCUGAAGAGAUGGCAGUUGCCAGUUGCCACGGCUAG